ACAUGUCAAACAUUUGUUUAUUUACGUUCUGAAAUCGAGAUCUGCCGGCCGAUUUGUAUUAAAAAAAAAAUUUCUUCAGAUAUUUUCAAUCAGUAAAUUAGUUUUAAUUUAAUCCUCUCAACUGAAACUCAACUAUGAAACUGUACGCCCUCAGCGGUGACCCGGCCAAGCCGUGUUACGUCGUCAGCUUCAAGGAUCUGCUGAUAAUGCUCGACUGUGGCCUGUCGGUGAACUCGGUGCUAAACUUCCUCCCGCUGCCACUGGUUCAGAGUGCCCGGUUCCACUCGCUGCCCAACUGGAACUGCCGCGACCCGGACAUCCAGCUCGACGAUGGGGAAAUUAAGGAGUGCUGUGGCUGUGCCUUUAUAAACUCAGCACCGGAGUUUGUUCCGCCGUUGGAUAAGAUUAUAAACUUUUCCGAGAUCGAUGUCAUUUUGAUAUCAAAUUACACCAACAUGAUGGCACUUCCGUUCAUUACGGAGGGAACUGGGUUUAGUGGGACGGUUUACGCGACGGAACCGACGUUGCAGAUUGGGCGGUUCUUUUUGGAGGAGCUUGUAGAGUAUAUUGAGGCAUCGCCGAAGGAAAAUACGGCCCGGAUGUGGAAGGAUAUUCAGCAUUUGCUGCCACAGCCAUUGAACGACGUGUUUAAACCGAAGAACUGGCGCCACUUGUUCAGCUUGGACGCGGUUAAUAAGAGUUUGGCUCGGGUGCAGAUGACGGGUUACGAUCAGAAGUUGGACAUUUUUGGUGCGCUGCAGGUAACGCCGGUUAGUUCUGGGUUUUGCUUGGGGUCAAGCAAUUGGAUUAUCGUUUCCGGACAGGAGAAGAUCUCAUACAUCAGUGGUUCGUCGACGUUGACGACACAUCCGAGGCCGAUUAAUCAGGCAGCGUUGAAGUACUCCGAUGUGAUUAUCAUGGCGGGGUUGACGCAGGCUCCUCACGUGAAUCCGGACGGAAUGUUGGGAGAGUUGUGCAUGAACGUGGUGAUGACUUUGCGCAACGGAGGAUCGGUCUUGAUUCCGUGCUACCCGUCUGGUGUUGUGUAUGAUCUGUUUGAGUGUCUAUCGUCAAGUUUGGACAACCAGGGCUUCUCACAGAUUCCGAUGUUCUUUAUUUCACCGGUUGCGGACAGUUCACUUGCUUAUUCCAACAUUCUUGCGGAGUGGCUCUCGACGUCCAAGCAAAACAAAGUCUACAUUCCGGACGAACCAUUCCCACACGCCAACCUGGUGAAGAAUGCAAAACUGAAGCAUUUUAAGCACAUCUAUUCGGAAGGUUUCAGCACGGAGUUUCGGCAGCCGUGCGUCGUCUUCUGCGGUCAUCCUAGUCUACGCUUUGGAGAUGCCGUUCACUUUGUAGAACUUUGGGGUUCAAACCCUCAACAUACGAUCAUCUUUACCGAACCAGACUUCCCGUACCUGCAAGCCUUAGCUCCGUACCAGCCCCUGGCCAUAAAAACCGUCUACUGUCCCAUCGAAACUUCGCUCAACUUCCAGCAGGCCAACAAACUCAUCAAGGAACUUAAGCCAGGUGUCCUCGUCAUCCCGGAAAACUACACUCAACCACCACCAAUAGCACCCCACAAACUGGACCUCGUAAUCGAUCAACUCCCCGAUAAAAUGGUCAUCAAAUUCAAGCGAGGCGAAGUGAUCAAACUCCCGCUCAAACGCAAACGAUCCCGAAUCUACCUGGAUCCGCAAAUGGCCCGCAGCCUCGUCCCGCACGAAAUCCAACCCGGCGUAACCAUUUCAACCUUAACCGGCGUGCUCCACGUCAAGGACAACAUCCACGAUCUGCACCCGCUCGAACCCACCCCAGAGGAACUCGCCGAAGAGCAGCAAAAACUGUCCAAAAAGCCGCACCUCCAACCGCCGGGCCAGAACCGGCUGCGCCACAUCAAGUACGAGUGGGGCACGCUGGACGUGAAUCUGUUUCUGAAAAAACUUGCCCAGGACGGCAUCACCGACAUCAAGGUGGAGCAGAGCGGUGGCGGCGGGGACGAGCUGACGCUGCACCUGGCCAGCGAGGACACCGUCAUCAAGGUAAGUGAAAAGGCGACGAGCAUCGUGUGCGGUGGGAAGCAGAGCUUGCGGUUGAAGUUGCGCGAUCUGCUGCUGCAGUGCGUGCAGAAUUUUUGAACAGGGCGAGCAAUAAAGCGGCGAAAAAAUGAGGUA